AUGUACGAAAUUCUUAAUUGUAUAUUUUAUUCCUUCCUGUUCAUAUCCGGUCUAUAUUUCGCCGGUGGAAAGUUUCCAAGAGACCAUCCGGAAACAAUCAAGAGAAGAGUUGUCUCCGUGUUCGUGACAGGAUCUAUUUCCAUGAUUCAUAUACUGACGUACAUACGUUCCUAUGAUCGACCUCCGUUUCAGUUAUCUUCAUAUGAAUUUGGGAAACUGUUUAUUAGGCUGGAUGGCUUAUUAGAAGCAGUUAUUAUAUCUGUCAUACUUACCUUGGUCAUGUACUUUGGCGUUGUAUUGGAUGAUAUAUGUAGUGGAGAUAUGUUAGUCAUAUUUGAUGUUCAAUACUGGAAAGAUCGUAUAUUUAACUGGAUAAGUUUAAGAAAUUUUGUAAUAGCUCCUUUGGCUGAAGAACUCAUCUUCCGUGCAUGUGUUACAUUUCAUCUACUUCCUUUGUUCUCAUCAUGUGUUGUGCUUUGUUUCGUUAGUUCAUUAUUUUUCUCUUUAGCCCAUUUUCAUCAUGUUUUCGAAUCAGUGAAAAGUGGUCAAGAUCUGCCAUCUGCAUUUAAAACUUCACUUUUCCAAGUGUUUUACACAACUCUAUUUGGAACGUAUUCUGGAUUUUUGAUGCUAAGAACUGGUAAUAUUGCUUCAAGUAUUGUUACACACUCCUUGUGCAACUUCUUCGGCUUACCAGAUUUAAUAGGUGCCAUCGAAAGAGCUAAGUAUCGUUGGGGUGUCUCUGGUCAAAUUUUCGCUAUUGGAUCUCAUCUUUUGGGGUUACUUUUAUGGGCAUAUUUGUUAUAUCAAAUAACUGAAACAAAAUGGUCCUCAUCAAACAACUGUCAUUGUGAUUGUUAUCAAUUACUCUUAUUACCAAGUGUCGUCGGUUCAAAGGAGGUAAUAUUGAACCCAUCUCGAGCACCUCGUGCUAUAGUCGCGGUAAUGGGGCUGUGCGAUGCGUUAAGAGGAAAUGUGAUUUACGAGACGAUAAGACCUUAUGUUAUGUUAUGCUUGCCAAAUGAUUCAUUGGCUUCAGAGUCGUAUUUUUCUGAAUUGAAGUGUGCAUCUGCCUACUUGGAUUGUACCUAUUUUAUUCUACGUGUGAUCAAUACUGAGUUGUUACAGAUAAAGCAAUCGGCUAAAAUGAAGUCCGACAAUUUUUAUAGAAAUGUAUUAUCUAUAUUUGAUUUACUGCUUAAACCUGAGAAAAAACCAUCAGAAUUUCUGGGCGAACCACCAAAACCAAAAAGUGAUUUAUUUCGGCAUUCAAAACAUUCCCAUCUACGUCAUUAUUUCACUCAAGUAUGGAUAUCGUUUCUAAACAACGAAUUAUCAGAUGACGUACGUCUAGAAUCUGUACGGUAUUUGGGUAAUGGGGGCAUGAAUCGCUUAGCCGAAAUUCGCUUAUUAGCUGAUCACAUUAUACCAAUUUUUGAUCCCGAUCCGGAGAAUAAAUUGUCUCAAACAGAAUUGACAAAAUUUCCAACUAGUUGGUCUCGUUCAGUUUGUCAUGCAGUACUCGGUUUAAUUCAAAAAGGUGAUUUCAAUUAUCCACGUUUGUACAUUCGACUGUAUCGUUUAUUGGAUGAAACUUUGUUUGAAUGUCCAGAUGUUGAACCUUUUCUGAUUGAUUUAGAUGUUUAUUUAAGCUCCAUACAUUUAGCUACCGCAGUUGUUGCAUCAUUCAUAAAACGACUUUCUCAAUUAUCUUUAUUUAGUCCAAUUUCAAUUACACCUGCAAUACUUUUAAUCAUCUUCAAUGGUUUACAAAAUCAUCCUCAUUGUCGUGUUUUAAUUAACUGUAAACAGAAAAAAUCACAAAAAUUAAAUAAUAUUCAAUCGGAUGAUAAUAGUUUACCAAAUGUAUUCAAUGCACAAUCAAUUGGUGAUCCUUAUAAUUGGGAAGCAGAUAAUUUUGAUUCAUCUAGGGCAUUAGAAAGUAGUCUAUGGGAAGUUUAUGCAUUAAUUGGUCAUUGUUCACCAGAUAUCUCAUCAUUAGCUUAUAAAAUUUGUAAUCCUGAUCCAACGGAUACUUUUAAUUCCUCUGUGGCUGACAUACUUGAUAAACAAAAAAAGAAUAUUAAAGAAGCAACUCGUUCUGUGAAGGAAGCAUUGUACCUGUUAUCUCAAACUAAUAUUACGAUGCCAGAGUUACCUCCGCUUGAUGGUUGGGCGUAA